AGCCCAAACUCCAGAACGUCCUCGACGUUCACGUUUGGGCAGCCCGCAACUCCAAUCAAACGGCCACCAACACCUGCCCAGAUCCAAAUGGGCAGAGAAUUUUCUAGAACCGUCCACGUGUCAACACCUACCCUCACUCUCUCUCUCCAUAAACCCCUUCCCACCCUCCGGCUUCUCUUAUCUUCUUCUACUUUAACUCUCCAAACGCACCUCGACGCCUCAAACUCCGAGACCGCUCUCUCCCUGCUCUCAUUUUUCCAUCUCUAGGGUUAGGGUUUGGGUUAGGGUUUCUUCAAUUUUCCUACUCUCUCUGUCUGCGUGCUUUUGUGGACUCCUUCUGCAGCUUCCAAGUUUGUUAAGAACGUUUUAUUUAGUUUAGGAGGUUUUGUUUAGCUCAAAUUUACAAACCCUAGUAGAAAUGGCUGCGUCUACAGCUCAGAUUCACUUUCUUGGAGGUACGGGCUUUGCUCCAUCUUCGAAGAACUCGAGAUUGUCGUCAGGGACGGUUUUUUUCGGACAGAGGUUGAAUUCCGGUAAGGCUUCAUUCGGCCUGCACCGCUCUGCGCUCUUAAAGCUGAAGAAGAACGAGGGGAGGAGGUAUUCGGUGGGUCCCCUCAGGGUCGUGAGCGAGAAGGUGGUGGGAAUCGAUCUCGGCACCACGAACUCAGCGGUCGCGGCGAUGGAGGGAGGGAAGCCAACAAUUGUGACGAACGCGGAAGGGCAGCGGACGACGCCUUCUGUGGUUGCCUACACCAAAAACGGAGAUAGGCUCGUAGGUCAGAUUGCCAAGAGGCAGGCCGUGGUCAACCCUGAAAACACCUUCUUCUCGGUCAAGAGGUUCAUAGGGAGGAAAAUGUCGGAGGUUGACGAGGAGUCGAAACAGGUGUCGUAUCGUGUGGUGAGGGACGAUAAUGGCAAUGUUAAGCUUGAAUGUCCUGCAAUUGGAAAACAGUUCGCUGCUGAAGAAAUUUCAGCUCAGGUUUUGAGAAAGCUCGUGGAUGACGCUUCAAAGUUCUUAAAUGAUAAAGUCACUAAAGCCGUGGUCACGGUUCCUGCUUACUUCAAUGAUUCUCAGAGGACAGCGACGAAGGAUGCUGGACGUAUUGCUGGUUUGGAAGUUCUUCGAAUCAUCAAUGAACCUACUGCUGCUUCUUUGGCAUAUGGAUUUGAAAAGAAAAGCAAUGAAACCAUUCUAGUAUUUGACCUCGGUGGUGGCACUUUUGAUGUUUCAGUUCUUGAGGUUGGUGAUGGAGUGUUCGAGGUGCUUUCAACUUCAGGUGAUACACAUUUGGGCGGUGAUGACUUCGACAAGAGAGUUGUUGAUUGGCUUGCUGCAAAUUUCAAGAAAGAUGAAGGCAUAGAUCUUCUAAAGGAUAAACAAGCUCUUCAGCGACUUACUGAGACAGCUGAGAAAGCGAAAAUGGAGUUGUCAUCUUUAACUCAGACAAAUAUUAGUUUGCCUUUCAUUACUGCCACGGCAGAUGGUCCAAAACACAUUGAGACCACUCUCACUAGGGCCAAGUUCGAGGAGCUGUGUUCUGACUUGCUUGACAGGCUCAAAACACCAGUUGAAAAUUCCUUGAGGGAUGCAAAACUCUCCUUCAAAGAUCUAGAUGAGGUGAUACUUGUUGGUGGAUCAACUCGUAUCCCUGCUGUCCAGGAGCUUGUGAAGAAGAUGACCGGAAAGGAGCCAAAUGUUACCGUCAAUCCUGAUGAAGUUGUUGCCCUAGGGGCUGCAGUUCAGGCUGGUGUUUUGGCUGGGGAUGUCAGCGACAUAGUGCUCUUGGAUGUGACACCAUUGUCUCUGGGUCUGGAAACUCUGGGUGGUGUGAUGACAAAAAUCAUACCAAGGAACACAACUCUGCCAACCUCCAAAUCAGAGGUUUUCUCAACAGCUGCUGAUGGACAGACAAGUGUUGAGAUUAAUGUCCUCCAAGGUGAGAGAGAGUUUGUUAGGGACAACAAAUCCCUUGGCAGCUUCCGAUUGGAUGGAAUCCCACCUGCUCCACGAGGGGUUCCUCAAAUCGAAGUUAAGUUUGACAUUGAUGCCAAUGGCAUUCUCUCCGUUACUGCUGUUGACAAAGGCACUGGGAAGAAACAGGACAUCACCAUUACAGGUGCUAGCACUCUGCCCAAUGAUGAGGUGGAUAGGAUGGUUAAGGAGGCAGAGAAGUUUGCCAAGGAGGAUAAAGAGAAGAGAGACGCAAUUGACACAAAGAACCAAGCAGAUUCCGUUGUGUAUCAGACAGAGAAGCAGCUGAAGGAACUGGGAGAGAAAGUCCCAGGCCCAGUCAAAGAAAAGGUUGAGGCUAAACUGAAGGAUCUGAAGGACGCAAUUUCUGAGGGGUCAACCCAAAGCAUGAAGGAUGCCAUGGCCGCACUCAAUCAAGAAGUAAUGCAGCUUGGCCAGUCACUUUAUAACCAGCCUGGUGCUCCUGGUGCUGGACCAACUCCUGGGCCAACCCCCGGUGGUGAGGCUGGUGCCCCUGAAUCUUCGAGCAAGGGGCCAGAUGGUGACGUCAUUGAUGCAGAUUUCACCGACAGCAAAUGAGAUGGAACAUGGGGACAACAUUAUGGGGUUGUCUCAGUUUCUCCCCCCUACCUGGGUUGUGUAUAAGAAUUGAUUUUGUGGGGGAUUAAUGAAGUUGUGGGAUGUAUUGGGUCAUUUUUGAUGUGGGGGGUGACGAGAACGAGAAUUGUUUAUUAGACGGGAGGGUUAAUGCUCUCUGAACGGAUGCCUAUAAUAGAACAAAAGUUUUGGGUGGUCAACACCUAUCACAUUUGAUACGCUUUCCGGACAGUUUUGGUCUGUGGAUUAUGGGGAAAAGUGGAGUUGUGAUUUUGCUCGACUCAUGAAAGGAAAAUAAAUGAAGUCGUUUUCCAAAA